AGCAACGACGACGAACGCUUGCUUACCUUAAUUUCGCGGUCUUAACUAAAAAGAUAUUUUUCUUCUUCGAAAAAAAAAACUUAGAAACCUUCCAAGUUUCUUUCCACCCUUCUUUGGUACUACGCGAAUCUUCUUCUUCAUCUUCAUCUUCAUCUUCUUCUUCUUCUUCUUUUUCUACUUAUACUACUACAUCUUUUGUAAACUUAACUGUGGGAUCGACAAGAAUAGUUGAUUAAUUUCAUCUAAAUCAAAGGCCAUGUCUUUGGAUUUAUAUUAUUUACCAAUGAGUGCUCCCUGUCGUGCUGUUUUAUUGACUAUUGAAGCCCUAGGUUUGUCGGUUAAUUUAAAGGAAAUCGAUUUGUUAGGUGGCGAACAUCUACAACCAGAAUACGAACAGCUUAAUCCACAAAAGACUAUACCUUUUCUCGUAGACGGUGAUUACAAACUUUCCGAAAGUCGUGCGAUAAUGUGUUAUUUGGUUGACGAGUAUGGUAAAAAUGCAAGAUUGUAUCCGCAAAAUCCAACGUUGCGUGCAUUAAUUAAUCAAAGAUUGUACUUCGACAUCGGGACGAUUUACAAAAAUCUCAGUUCUUAUUACAAUAUUUGGAAUCAAUUGAUGUGUUUUAAAAAACUGAUGAAAUUAUCAUAG